AUGGCACCGUAUGAGGCACUUUUUGGUAGACCUUGUCGUUCACCUGUAUGUUGCGUUGAGGUUGGUGAUGGUAGUUUUUUGGGGCCAGAGUUGGUACAAGAGACUACGGAGAAGGUUGUUAUCAUUCGAGAUCGACUUCGCAUAGCUCAGAGUCGACAGAAGAGCUAUGCAGAUCGACGCUGUCGUGCUUUGGAGUUUAGUUUGGGUGACUUGGUAUUUUUGAAAGUAUCACCAAUGAAAGGGGUUGCGAGAUUUGGUAGGAAGAAAAGGAAGCUAGCUCCUCGAUUUAUUGGACCUUUUGAGAUUACAGAAAGGAUUGGGAAAGUGGCAUAUGGAUUGGCUUUACCACCCAGACUGUCUGCUAUUCAUGAUGUUUUCCAUGUCUCUAUGUUGAGGAGGUGCUUGAGGGAUGAAACUCAGGCAGUUGACUGCACAGAAGUUCAGUUGCGUCCUAAUGUAACAUAUGUUGAGACUCCUGUUCGCAUCGUUGACAGUAUAGUGAAACAGUUGAGGCGGGCAGAGAUACCUCUAGUGAAGGUGCAGUGGAAUCAUCAGGACGAGAGAGAGGCUACCUGGGAGCUAGAGUGA